AUGCGGGUGUUAUUCUGGAAUAUUAAUGGUGUUGCGCGUGAGGCAGCACAAUCAAAACUUAGAGUUUUGAUUAGAGAGUUUAAGCCAGAUGUUUUUUGUAUUGCUGAGCCAAAGGUGGUCUGUUCUGCAAACUUUGGUAGAAGGCUUCAAAUGGAAGGUUACUCUCCAUAUAUUAUUCGUAAUGCUUCUUUGUCUAAUAUUGCUAAUCUUUGGAUCUGUUACUUAGAUGGUCUGCUUCCUUCAGUUGUAAAUAUGAGUAGGCAGGCUAUAACUAUUGCAGUUGAAGACAGUUGGAACGCUCCUGCUCAUGGUUCUCCGGACUUUAUAUUCCCGUACAAGAUGAAGAGGUUGAAGGUGGUGAUGAAGGAGUGGAACCUUAGAGUUUUUGGCAACAUUCAUUCUCGGUUGAAGCAUGACCAACUUCGUUUUGAGACUGCUGCUAGAAAUUCAGAUGAGGAUGCCGGUGAUAUUCCUAAACUUAAUGCUAUGAAAGAUUCUAUGACUGCGCUUUCUAAUACUCGGCAACAUCAGGCUAUUAUGCUCAAGCAAAAAUCCAGAAAUCAAUGGUUGAUUGAAGGCUCAAGUAACACGACUUUCUUCCACAACAAUAUUCGUAUUAGGAGGAGUGAUAACACCAUUUCAGAGUUAGUGGAUGCUGGUGGCGUAACUAUUACUGAUUAUGACCAACUGAGAGAUCAUGCGGUGCAAUAUUAUGAGGACAAAUUCAAUGGUCAGGAGUUGGAUAUGGAGGAAAAUUUGUUCGAUUUUGAGCAUCCAAGUAUUUCAGCUGAACAAAGUCUUGAUAUGGAUGAAAUUCCUACUCCGGAGGAAAUAAAACAAGUUGUCUUUGAGAUAGGUUCUGAUAGUGCUCCGGGUCCGGAUGGCUUCUCGGGUUGUUUCUAUCGUCACUGCUGGGGUAUCAUUCAAGAUGACUUGACAAAGUCCAUUAUUUAUUGUUGGAAUUCAGGUCAUAUUCCUAAUAGUGUCAAUUCUUCUUUGAUUAUUUUGCUGGCCAAGAUUUUAGCUACAAGAUUAAGCAGUGUUUUGGAUAAGCUUGUUUCUGAGGAACAUGUAGCUUUUAUGAAGGGUCGCAAUAUUCAUGAAAAUAUCAGUUUGGCUUCAGAAUUGGUUAAUGAACUUCACAUCAAGCGUAAAGAUGGCAAUCUUGGUCUUAAGCUUGAUAUCUCUCAGGCAUUUGACACGGGGAGUUGGUGGUGUAAUUGGCUGCUGGAUAUUUUAAGUUCUGCUAGAAUCUCUAUUCUUUUGAAUGGCAAUCCGGAGGGUUAUUUCAAAAUUAAUAUAGGUUUGCGUCAAGGUGAUCCCCUUUCUCCUUUGAUAUUUGUUUUGAUUGAAGAUGUUCUUAGCAGAAAUAUUACGAAACUCUUUCGUGAUAAGAAGAUGACUCCAUUGGUUACACAGAAUGGUAUUUCCCCAACUCAUCUCAUUUUUGCUGAUGACAUUAUGAUUUUUUGCAAAGGAAAUCUUAAAAGUGUGCAUAAUCUGAUAGAUCUGUUGGGUAAAUAUCAAGCUGCUUUGGGUCAGACCGUUUGUAGGCAGAAGAGCAAGAUUUAUUAUGGAGGUGGCUCUUUGAGUAUGAGAACUUACCUUGUUGAUAUCUUGGGAAUGAGUGUGGCCACGUUUCCUGAUCGUUACUUGGGGGUUCAAAUCAUGCCUGGCACGGUGAGAUAUCAUCAUAUUUGUAAUGUGAUUGAGAGAAUUAAAGCCCAACUUGCUGGAUGGAAAGGGAGAUUACUUUCUUUUCAUGACUGUAUCGUUCUUGUUAAAUCUGUUAUAGUGAGCUACUCUAUUCACAACAUGGCAGUCUACAAAUGGCCUCGGAAAUUCAUUUUGCAAUGUGAAAGGGCAAUUCGAAACUUUAUUUGGACGGGUGAUUCUAAUAUUAGUCAUGCUGUGGUGGUGGCGUUUGAUAAAGUCUGUUGCCCUUAUGAGGAGGGGGGCUUAGGCUUAACUCGCAUGGCUACAAUGAAUAAGGCACUUAUUAUGAAGCUGUGGUGGAAAAUUCGUAAUUCUAAAAAGAAAUGGGUGGGUUUUCUUAGAGCUAAGUUUUUUGGCAGAAAUGGUUGCAUCAAGAAAUAUGGUGUUAAAUCCACUAUUUUUCCAGGCAUUCGAUGGGUGCAUCAGCUUGUGGAGAAUAACACUAGAGUUCUUUUAGGUGACGGUAGAAACACUACUCUUUAUUAUGAUAUUUGGUGUACUGAUGUGUGCCUUGCAGAAAUUCUCAAUGACCAAACCCUGGAAAGAACCAUUAUGCUUGGAGAUUUUUGGAAUGGUGAUCAUUGGGUUUUUCCUGCUAUUCAUUUGGAGCGCUUGGCUGCUGCUGGAGUUGAUGUCAAUCAAUUGCCAACUAUAACUGGUGGGGAGGAAAGCAUGGUUUGGAUGCCUGACCUCAAAGGUAAUUUUAGCGUCAGUUCAGCUAAAGAACUUAUACGGAAAAAAAUAUCCAGUUCUGGAGGGGAUGUCUUUAAUCUGGAGAAAAGAGUUAAGGCAGAUAAGGGAAGAAGCCAAAUGGUGCGUGAUUUAUUGCUCACUGCAAAUCUGGAUUAUUCAGGGCGUCUUAAAGGCUACAUGAAGAAAACUUCAGAAGACAUUAUUCUUUUGGACUACUUCAGGGUGUGUCAUAGGAAGGUUAAAAUGCAUCAUCUGGUGGAAUGUUAUUGGCAUCCUCCAGACCUUAAUGAAAUUCAACUUUGUUGUGAUGGUGCAGCAAGGAGAAAUCCUGGUAGAGCUGGUGCAGGUGUGGUAGAGAGAGACUCCUCUUGCAAUGUUAUUGGGGCUAUGUUUAUUGGUUUGGGAGUUACAACAAAUUAUUUAGCUGAAUUAUAUGAUACAAUGGCUAAGAGAGGAUGCUAUCUUGACAAUGAGGUUGGAAUGCACUAUGAUGGAAGACCUCCUUUUCAAAUUUCAGUUGAAUAUCCAAAUGUUGCUUAUUACAGAUUUAAAUAG